GCUUCGGUGUGCAGUGACUCACUACAGGGACGUCGGGGCAUGUUUGAGACGAGAUAACAAACGUCCCAGCCGGGAAAGGAAGAUUCAUCAGUCAAAAAGUGUGGGGGCGAUGCAUUGCAAAUGGUGAAUGUAGUCAAUAUUGCAGGAGCGCACAUCUCGGUGGGCGUUUUCGCGUUACUUCUUCAAAAAAGACAUUCUCCAAUGGAAAGCAACGCAAAAGAAGAGCUCUCAUGUUGUAACGGCAUGGAUUUAAGAGUGCUGGUAGUAGUGUUCAGCAUGGUUGCCUCUGAACUGUCUCACGUUCACACUAGACCAAUUGACUUUGUGUGUGACAGUGAGGCCAGAAGAAUGAUGAACAAGGUGAAGGACUUACAAGUGGAAAUGGUAGUCUGCAGUGCUGUUGAUGCUCUGCCGUCUGAUAUUAAAUUACCAUGCAUCAGAAUUCACAAAGCAACCUGGGAGAGAAAAUCAGUGCAUGAGCAGAGGGCUGAGAUCCUGCUGUCUUUGGGGACUCUAGCGCAGGAUGUGCGGUCUGCCAGGACACUCAGCCAACCUGGCUGUGGACUCACUCUGCUGGAGCGCUUGGAGCACAGUAUCAACAACUACUUGCACGUAGUAAGACUACUCCACAUUGAGGGGGAGCAGGUAGGGCCCCAGGCAGAGCUAUGUCUGGGUCGGCCCUCUAAGGAUUUGGGUUUGGUGUUGAAGCACUUUGGGUUUCUGCUAACUGGCAAGCUGGAGUGGCUCAUUGCAGAGAUGGCAAAGGGGUGCAAGGACUGAAAGACUGACUUCUAAUCUUGUAUAAUGGGACCAGACAGGCCCAAUCGAUUUUAACAAUGGUCCAACUUCAAGACAAUGGUGGGCCAUGCACUUUGCCAGAGAUCAGAGACUUACUGAGGAGAAAGUACAUGAUCCAUAAACGACAACACUGUGCCAUCUGCUGGAUCAUAGCUGAACUGACUCACCUGUUGAGAGGCACCUACUGAACUUUUAAAACAGACCAACUGUUCUGAACUGAAUACAGUUUCUGGUGAGUGCUUAUAUAUCACAGAUUCUAUUUAUUUAUUUUAUAGCCUGCAUGAAGGUUGCAUUGACUCUACAUGGUGUGAUAGCACAUGGAAGAUAACUGUGACAGAAUGUGUGACAAUGCGGAGGUAGUGCGGUGCACACACAGGAAGGGACACUUUAUCUAUACACUCCAGGUUAUAAUUAUCACAUGUUUGUGUAUAUAAUACAUUUUGUGUAAAAAUACUAUUUACAAUAUUUUGUAAAAAACAACAACUUGUAAUUAAUCCAAAGAUUAAGACAUAACAGAGUCAAAGCAUCAGUGACCAAAAUAUUUAAGAAAAUAUUUUAAUAUAUUCUCUUUUAAAUAUGUUUUUUUUUCUCCUCUCUUGUAAUGUUAUCCACAUUUUGUAAAAUGUAUCUCUUGUAAGAGUUUUUUUUUUUUAAUGUACAUAUCUAAAUAUUUAAAUAUAUUUUCAUUUAAUUUGUGUUGUGGAUUCUGAACUCAGAAUUUAGCUUUGAAAUGUACAGUAUGUAUCUGUAGUGUAUGCACUAUACAUACAGUUUUACUGCAGUGGAUUUACUAGUAGAAAACAUACAAUACUGUUCAGAAAUUUGGAGAAAUAGUCAGAAAUAUAAAAAAAAGGACUUUCAUUCGGCAAGGUCACAUUAAAUUGAUCGAAUGUGAACGCAAAGACGUUUAUAAUAUUACAAAAGAUUUCAAAUAAAUGCUUCUUUUGAACAUUAUUCGUCAAAGAAAAAUGCAUCACAUUUUACAUAAAACUAUAAAGCAACAGCAUAUCAGCAUAUUAGAAUGUAUUUUCUGAAGGAUUGUAUGAAACUGAAGACAGGCUGAAAAUUAAGCUUUGACAUUAAAGGAAAGAUUACAUUUUAAAAUAUAUUAAGUGGAACAUAGUUAUUUUAAAUCGUAACAAUAUGUCACAUUAUUUACAUAUUUAUUUUACUAAUUUUACCUCACCAAUUCACAAGAAGCCAUGAGUCAGAGAGUCAUGGGAAAAUCUCAUCUUCUGGACUCAUCCCAUAUCUAAAGAGAAGGCAACUAUUUUAAUUUAUGCCUAUUUAUUAUAGGGAUUGUGCUAUGCUUUUGCUGGUUUAGCUGAAUGGGUCCUGGUCGGGUUAUGAUGGUUCAAGAAAUGACAACCAAGAAAUGACAACAAUCUAUAGUUUAUUGUUCUAGAUUUAUCUUUACUUUAUAUCAUUCCAUGAGCUCUCAAAUGAUGAGCAGGAGAAAUUUAAAGUGAAGACCCUAAUGUGUAAAUCAUGUAACAGAUUCCAGUCUCAGACACAAAAUGAGCUGUAGAGAGAACAUCAGGGAGAGCUUGUGACUGAUUGUGCAAUACAAUAGCUGACAGAUUGGUAGGAACUUUGAAUAUGAAUAUAGAAUCUGCUAAAAGACUUCUUUGGUGAUCAAAAGAGACCCUUUUAAAAUCAGAUAUUUGAAUUUGGGGACAAAAGCCCAACUCGGUUAAUUAGUCCAUGUAUGAGAUGAUUAACUUUGAAUGUUAAUGGAAUACUAUGUAAAAUGUCUUCAUUAUAUGCAGUCAUCAUCACUAAGUAUUGAUUCUAGAAGUCUGCACAAAAACCUUUCAAACCUGGAGGACUUUGGCUGUGUCAUCCGAACCCCCUUGACUUAAAAUAUUUACUAAAGUCCUGAGAUUUUAAAUGAUUAUUUCUAUUAUUUAACAACACAUUAAUCACAUUACAAUUUUUUUUAUCUUUUCAUGUUUUAUUUAGCUUAUUUUAAAACUUUUUAUUGUUUUAAUUUGACAUUUUAAUUAUUAUCUUUUCAACUCUACAGUUCUUUCAUUGCCCUAACCUGAUGUAAUCUACUGUUUAAUGAAAUUGAUGAUGUUGACAACAAAGAAUAGAAUAUAUUUUC